UUCAAUCAACUCAUGCGCAUCUAGAUAUUUCACUGACAACAUUCUGGAUUGAGUUUCGAUGUUUUUUGAAAGUUCAACGAUCGUUGUAGAGCUCAAAGGCCUUUUUCAAUAAUUUGCGGCUUCAAGGUUUCGAGCAAUACAGGAUUAAGUUCCAUAGGACAGCUAUUAAAAUUCUAAUCUUUCGGAAAUUAAAAAUGAAGAUUAUAUGUUUAUCGGUUUCACUUGCGAUAUUAUGUACCGGAGCUACCGGACACCGGUUCCGAGCCCAAAAUAAGCUGCAAGCAAAGGGAAGAGAAGAGACGAAUUUCGUCCGCCGCCGGGUGCUGGACCUGCGCCACGCCCCGGACCUGCGACGGCAAACGGACCCGCGACGGCAAGCUGACCCGCGACGGCAAGCGGACCCGCGACGUCAAGCGGACCCGCGACGGCAAGCGGACCCGCGACGGCAAGCGGACCCGCGACGGCAAGCUGACCCGCGACGGCAAGCGGACCGCGCGUCGGAAUCCCCGCAAUUCCCCAACACUCAUUUCUGCCCGAUGCCGGAAAUGGAGCAACAUGGAGCUACGCUGGUUAACGAGGACGAUUACCCGUGGCUCGCGAAGGUGAUACACUGCCACCGCAGAAAUGUGAUCAAGGAGCCGCUCAUCUGUACGGCGGCUGCGAUCAAGAAGAGAGUAUUUAUUACGGCCGCCAGAUGUAUCGCCACAGCCAAAGCGUUAUAUACAACUAUACUUUACAAACACCGAGAAUUAGGCGUGAAAGCGUUUCUUUUUCCGGCGAUACCGACAAAACAAAUGUUCGAUGACGUUGGGCUGAUCGUUGUCUGGUCCCCGUGGAGCGAGAAUAAAACAAUGCCCUAUGAUGAUGCUAUCAAGCUCCCGACACUCCCAAGAUCCGGCGACGACGAUUCAUAUGAUUUUUUCGAAAACUUCACAACCGAGCCCCCACAAAACUUAACUGUCAUAGGAUUCAUUAAUAAUCUGGAAGGGCCGCCGGGGACUCAUGAGCUAUACAAGCUGGAUAACAUGCACGCGAGCAACAGAGUCUGUAACCAGAUAUACCCAGUGUCGGAGAACCCUGCCGAUUACCGGGUGCCCUGCGUCCACUCGUGCACCCCCGAACAACACAACAGCGGCAGCGAGAGUUGCCGCCGCUCCCUGCUCGGACUGGGGCACGUGGUCGUCAACCUGCACACCCAUCAACUGAUCGGUAUAGUCACGUGGACAUGCGCCAACAGAGCUCCAGACAUACCUAUUAGAAAUGAACUGCCAAUGCCUCUUGGGUUAGCGGUGCCUAACAAGAGGACGUUAUUCGACUUCGAUCUAAAGUGUGUGACUAAAAUAGCUAAUGACCUAAAAAACUAUACUGUAGUUACAGCUGGUUAUUAUUGGAGUAUUUGUAGCAAAUUUUAUGAUAAACAGUAGUAGUAUAUCCAUAUUAUUAAUCAAAACAUAAAACAACUCAAUUUGUUAAUGUAAGACCGAAGUGUACAUGCAUGCAGCUGUAGCAGCUAACAAUGAAACCGGACAAGUGCUAGUCUCGGGACUCGCCCGCCGAGGGUUCCGCGCUUUUUAGUAUUUGUAGUUAUAGCGGCAACAGAAAUAUUUACAUCAUCUGUGAAAAUUUCAACUGCCUAGCCAUCACGGUUCAUGAGAUUAUAGCCUGGUGACAGACGGACGGACGGACGGACGGACAGCGAAGUCUUAGUAAUAGGGUCCCGUUUUUACCCUUUGGGUACGGAACCCUAAAAACUAAUUAAUAAA